CAUUUGAUAUAUGCAAAACUUUACAUGUAUCAGAUUUGUAGAGCUUUGGCAUACAUUCAUAACUGCAUCGGAGUGUGCCAUAGGGACAUUAAGCCGCAAAAUCUCCUGGUGAAUCCUCAUACUCAUCAGUUGAAAUUGUGUGACUUUGGCAGCGCGAAAGUUCUGGUAAAAGGAGAACCAAAUAUUUCUUACAUAUGUUCUAGGUACUACAGAGCACCAGAGCUCAUAUUUGGUGCUACUGAAUACACAACAGCAAUUGAUGUUUGGUCUGCCGGAUGUGUUCUUGCUGAGCUGCUUUUAGGACAGCCUCUAUUCCCUGGAGACAGUGGCGUUGAUCAGCUAGUUGAAAUCAUCAAGGUUAUCUCUUUCAACAAUGUUACCAGAACCAUACCAGAUGAAAAAAUUUCAAGGGUUGCCUAUGAAUCACAUAGGGAUCACUGGUAG